AUGUCGUUCUUGAAUUAUCCUGCGCCCAUUGAAGGCCCAGAGGUGCCUUAUAAGAAUGAGACACAAGUAAUUCCGGUAUUUCGGGGCACUCCACUGACUAUCAGCGCAACCCUCAUUCACAACAUCAACUUUUUCCAAAGUUAUUUCUGGCGUAAUGCCGGCUUCGACGUGAUCCACAAGAUUCCGAAUUUGAAGAGAUAUACCGGCCGCUCUGAUCCCACCGUGAUUCCACUUGAGAGUAGCUCUCACGGACACGGUCAAGAAACGGUUUGUCGGAAGAGAACCAGCAACCGUCAGCACUACACGUGUGCCGAUUAUCAUGCCUGGUAUAACUCUGGCGAGACGACACCAGUUGCCGUGAUCACGACUUUGCUCAAGUCAGUGCAGCGCGAUUGUACACCGGCGAGAGAACAUUCGACUGCCUUUCUCGAGUCCCAGAUCGAUCUCAUUCGUGCAGCCGCCGAGGCCUCUUCCGAACGGUAUAGACAGGGCAAGCCUCUCGGUGUGCUUGAUGGUGUACCCGUCGCGGUGAAGGAUGAAGUCCACGUCGCAGGUUACAAGCGCACACUUGGCACCAAGCUCGAUUUCAAACAUGGGUCCGAUGGAACGUCGUGGUGUGUCCAGCAGUGGCAGGAUGCUGGUGCGAUCAUCAUUGGUAAAACCACGAUGCACGAGCUUGGCUUGGAUACGAACAACAACAAUCCGAAUUAUGGAACCCCCCGAAAUCCGCACAACAAGAACUAUUACUGCGGUGGAUCUUCUGGCGGAUCUGGCUAUGCGGUCAGUGCAGGUCUGGUGCCCAUUGCCCUCGGCGCAGACGGCGGUGGCUCCAUUCGUAUUCCGUCCUCCUUCUGUGGUGUCUGGGGCCUGAAGUCCUCGCACGGCCGUGUUUCGGGGGCACCAUCUCUCAGUCUUGCGCCCACGGUUGGUGUCCUCGGCCCCAUUGCUGGCAGUAUUGACGACCUCGCGCUUGCCUAUCGCGUCAUGGCAACCCCGGCACCCGCGUCACAAGAUGCUAUCUCGGCACAAUUUCCGAAACCAAUGCCAUUGCCAGCUGACCAUCAGAGGGCGAAGAAAAUCGGCAUUGUCCGGGACUGGGUCAAUCGUGCCGAGGCGCCCGUCAAAGCCGUAUUCGAUGCUGCGCUCGAGCAUUAUCGUCAACAGGGCUACGAGAUUAUCGAUAUCUCAAUCCCCUACCUGCCAGAGGGUCAGCGCGCCCACGCCUUGACCAUCAUGGCAGAGAUUGCCGCCGGCAUUGAUCCCAGCCAGGUGGGGUCCUUGUCUGCGCCCAACAAGGUCCUCGUCUCCAUCGGAAUGUGGCAGAUCACUGCGAAUGACUUUCUCGCCGCUCAACGGCUGCGCAACUUGCUCAUGCAGCACGUGUCGUAUCUUUUCCAAAAGCACCCCGGCCUGAUGAUCUUCACCCCAACGACCCCCAUCCCGGGCUGGCGUAUCGAAGGAGGGGAGACGGAGCUUGCCUAUGGUCUGUCGGACGGCAAGACCUCCGUACGGAAUAUGGAAUACGUCUGGCUGGCCAACUUUACGGGCUGUCCUGCAAUCAGCUGUCCCGCGGGGUAUACGGAGGAGAGUAACGUGCCGAUUGGUGUCAUGGCAAUGGGUGAUUGGGGCAGCGAGGAGGAACUGAUUGCCUUUGCACGAGAUGGUGAGGACUUGCUGGACAGAGUUGUUCCUACCUUGGGCGACCACUCGGUCUGGGAAGAUGUUCUUCAACAAGCCAAACGGUAUCAAGAACCUGGAAGCUCUUGGCAUUUAUCGUUUUGA